GUCUGGAGAUACUUUUGGGAAGGCGGACUUGGUCCUUCGGUGUCCUUAACUGGCAAUAUCGAUCUAGACGAUUAUCUCGACUGCCUGGUCAACAAGCUUCUUCCCUGGUUCCAGUAUUUCACUAAAGAAACCGGAAGGCAGUUUAUCCUCCAAGAAGACGGCGCUCCGUGCCAUACUGGUGGUUAUGCCACCUCCUAUAAA